AUGCGUUUGUUGAACAUUAAUGUGAGUUGUGUUCAAAUCGUGGAGAAAUUUGACAGAUUGGGACGAGAAAGAAACCCUGAGUGGAAGAUAAGUAAUUUUUUGCCUGUGUACACUGGAAGUUAUUCAGAGGGAAUGCCAAACUCUAGCGACACGGACAGACUAUUGAUAGCAAAAUGGAUAAACGUUCAGGAAGAGGGUUCUAUUAUUCCUGAUGUAAACGAAAACUCAAAGCAUGAUACCAUGAAUUUAUUCUAUACAACAGAAGACUGUCAUUUCGGAUAUAUUAAAAUCGUUAUAUCGAAGGGAAUCAAGCAUAUUUUUAGUGACGCUCAAAUUCGAAGGUACAAAAGAGUUUCAUAUUUAAGAAGCGAUACCUUUAUCCAUGAUAUGAAAACAUGGAUCGGUGCCCCGCCACUUUCGGAGCUCCAAGGACCUUCAAUCACAUACAGCGGGUACGAGGGUUUCUCUUACGAUGAUGUUUACGGUGUAAGGAUAUCUGGGUGGCCAUCUCUUGCGAAAGACACACUGGACAGGUGCAAUCAGAGAACAAAAAUUGUUUUACAGACCUCUGAUGUAUACGCAGUUCCAGUCGGAUAUACCCUCAGUAAAACAAAUGACAUAGAAUGGAGGUUAUCUUUUACAAUGGCAGAAAAAGUCUUAAUGAAAAAAUGGUCUAAAACUCAUUUAAAUUGCUAUUAUUUAUUGAAACAACUGAAAACGAUACAUCUUGCCGACCCUGAUUGUCUCAAAUCAUAUCAUAUUAAAACUGUGUUGUUCUGGAUGACAGAAGUCUUACCUAUAACAUACUGGUGUCGAGAAAACCUUCUCAAGUUAUUUGCCAAAUCGCUACAUAUCCUUCAAUGGUUCCUUUUUCAGCAUUGGUUACCAAAUUAUUUUAUUCCAGAGAAUAACAUGAUUGACCAUAAAUCAAGAGAGGAAUGCCAGAAUGUGUCUAUUAAGAUAUCCUCUUUGUUAACAGGCAAAAUGGAACUCGUUAUUGCAGAACUUUUAUGUGAAGAUCGGAUCGAGGAAAUUUACGAAUUUGUAGGCUUAAAAAGAAGUGUUUUACCACCCCGUACUACUAAAAUUUGUAUACUAAUUGAGAAAUAUAUUCAGACUUUAUAUGCUGAAAUCUCAGGAAAUUUGUUAGAUGAAGCAGACAAAUUAAGUUCUUUGACUAUGUGUACUAUAGAGAAUUUGUGUCAGUGUAAGGCAAUGGAGGAAAUCAUUCAAGACCUGCAAAAUUUCUUAACAAAGGAGGUUUCGGGGUCAUUUUCAGUAAUCCUACGUCGACAAGUUGCAGAUUUUUAUCACUCCCAGAAAACAAGGCAGUCUUACGAAAAGGCAGAGAAACUGUACAAAGAUUGCCUCUCUCUUAGAUAUCCCAGUGGAUUUGAUGACAAUUUUAUUUCUGGGGUAGCCCACCUUGCGUUUUUCUAUUACCUGAAUGGCAACUUUAUUGCUGCGCUGGACUCGAUAGAACCAACUCUGGAAACCAUCAAACAAAGCGUCAAAUCAGAGACGACAUGUGGCUUCCUUCAUACUGCCAUACCCUUUAAUGUGUGGAGUGAUAGAAUUUUGCAUGACAUCUUGCAAUCUCUGUCUUUCUUUUAUCCAUUGUACAUGAAUGUGAUUUCACUAAUUCUUUAUGUCGCAAUAAGAUCUCUCCUCGUCUUGUUUGAGCCACAAUCCAAAGAAAGGGAACUUUUACAGUUGACUGAAUUGUUUGUCCAAUGUGGACUUCAGAAUUUAAACCCCUGUUUAUUGGAUACCUACAACUACCUGAUAUGUGAAAUCAGGAAACUUUUGCACUCUUGUUCCAUCCCUACACAUACUUUAUCACCUUACACGAUGCCCCAGAUUGCUACAAGAACAGAGAGGCUGAAAAAUUACCACAACUGGAAUGAAAAUGGACCAAAAUAA